GUGAGGUUUGAAGGGGGAAACACACACAGAUCCUCUCAGUGAUGGGCUGUACAGGAUGGAGGCUCCUCUGGCUGGCCUGCUUGGCAUCCACUUUUCUUCAAUAUGGUGCAGUCCGGGUGACCAUGGGGGAGUCUGGUGUGGAGGUUGUGCAGGGAGAUUCUGUCACACUGCCCUGUUCAUUCUUCACCAUGAUGCCCUUGUUCAGACUCAGCAUCAUCUGGACUCUGACCCCGCUCUCAGACCCCGACUCCCCCAUGCAGGUGAUCGUGUAUGAUCAUGGACAGGUGAUUGAAAGUCCUUCAUUCAUGGGCAGGGUGGGAUUUGUGGGAAUGCCCUGGAGCGCGGACAUCAUUUUGAACUACACGCGUGUCUCUGACGCUGGAGUCUAUCGCUGUGUGGUCAGCAACCCACCUGAGACUGGAGACCCUGGCAUAGGAGAGCUCAGCCUCACUGUUUUGGCACCUCCGUCUCUUCCUGUGUGUCUAUGGGAAGGGGACACCGACGCUGGAGGCAAUGUGCUACUGUCCUGUGUGGUGGCGGAGGGCUUUCCUACUCCACAGGUGAUCUGGGAAAAGCUAGAACCGGAUAAGAUGACACUGCCAGUGAACAAGGAUGGGGACACGAUGGGCUCGGUGCACAUUGCCAAUGUGUCUGCGCAGACCUCUGGCCUCUACCGCUGCUCAGUGACCAACCCACUGGGAACCCAGCACUGCUACAUUAACCUGUCUGUCUACACACCUCCGGAUAAUUCUCCUGGCAUCCUGCAGGGGGUGCUGUUGAGUCUCUCCAUGGCCCUGCUCCUGCUGGCUCUGAUGGUGCUGGUGCUGUGGCUCCACCGUUCGGCACAGGAGAGCAAAUGGAGGAACAGCCAUGAGGAAGAUGAGUGCUAUAAUGAGAUCAAAUACACACCCUCUCUCAUUAAACGCUCUUUUGUUUGAGACAAGGACAGGAAGUGAUCAUCUGGAUCAUUGCUGCACUAAUCUAUUGUGAAGGCCAGUUUGUGUCAAAGGGGAGAACAUUGGCUAAAUAAAGCACAGAUUUAUACUUUUUCUGAUAAAUAAUCCUUUGUGGUCCAGUGCUUUUUAAGUGCUUAAAUGCAUUAAAGUUACCCUAAAGACUACAGUCACUAUUGUAA